AUGGUGGAACGCAAGCGUGGGAGUCGUGACAGGUACGACUCAGAUGAAGACAGGGAAAGAAACUAUGACUCAAAACGAAGACGAAGCAACGUCCACAUCAUCAAGCUACUCUGCCCUUACUACAUUGCCGGAGCUGUGAUCGGUAAGGGAGGUGAGCGGAUCAGGGAAGUUAAAGAUCGUUCCGGAGCUAACAUAGAGAUCUCACGUCAUGAAGCUAGGUUUCCGAACACAGAUGAGCGUGUUAUUGCUAUUGAGGGAGAGCGAGACGAGCUGCAAUCUGCUGCUCGGUAUCUAAAUGAGAACAUGAGAGAAGGUGAGUCCACCACUGCAGCCUCGUCAUCCUCCCGCAGUAAUGACUACGACUCUGAGCGCAGGAAGAAGACAUGCAAGAUCCUGGUGUCUGACUCUGCCAUGGCAAUGAUCAUUGGACGAGGAGGGGAUAAUAUCAGGGAUAUAAAGAAGGAGUUUGCAGUUCAGAUCAACACUUCAAAACGUCACGAGACACCUCGUGAGCUGGACGAGAGGAUUGUCACUAUCGAGGGGGAAGACAGAGAUGUUGACAAAUGUGUUGAUGAGCUCAUCUGUCAGAUCUCCUCUGAUGAUAGAUCCAGGAUGAAGUUCUUCGUAGACUACUCCGAGAUCAGACACUACAGCCGGGGACGUGGUGGCGGUGGUGGAUAUGGUGGUGGUGGUUCUCGUAACAGGGGCAGAGGUAGAUCCAGAUCCAGAUCUAGAUCUCGGGGUAAAAGAUCUAGGUCCAGGUCCAGAGAAAGGGCCCGCAAAUCACCAUCAUUUGAGGGAAGAAGCAAACGUCGUACUCGCAGCCGCACCCGUUCCCCAGUCCGUUCUCCCUCACGAUCCAGAUCCCGGUAGAUGUGGAGUGUCGUUGAGCUUGCUGUCUCGUGAAGGUAACUGACAAUUUACAGACUUAUUGUAUACCUUGCUAUAUGUUUUUCAAACUUAAAAAAUGCGGGAGUCAAUUUUACUUACUUUAUACAUUUGAUUACCUUUGGCUUUUUCAGCGAUAUAUUUGGACGAUUUGUAUUUACGAGCAGCAGAGCCAUUUCUCAUAUUUUUGUCUGAGUUUAAUCGCCCUUGAAGUCAGAUAUCAAUCAUCAAUAAUAGUAGUUGUGCCAAGGUAUAUCAAUUUAUAGACCGCUUAACUGAUGAGUGAUAUCAUUGUAUACUUGUAUACCAUCGCAAAUAUUGCUACUAUUCAACAUUCAUACAUGAUACUGUUUUGCAUAUCCGAUAAUUUCUCCCAAAUUGAUCAAAAUAUGUAUUUGUUCGUGUCUUUAAAUUUUUCGGAGCAACAUUAAAUUCUAUUUUAUUGAAAUUUUACAGAAAAGCUCAAUGCUUGCUAAGUAUUGAUGUCUUUACGAUGAUUACUGUGAAAUGUUUUACAAAUGAUUUUCCUGAUUGAAUUGCGCCCCAGCUAAAAUUAGCAACUAUCUUGCGUUUGAAUUGAAAUGGAAUAUUUCUCGCUGUUUCUCAAAAUUAUUUUAUUUAUAA